AUGACCAUCGCAGUACCCCUGACCAUGAAGGCCCUAUUGUACGACAAGCCGAAGGUACAUAAGAUAGUUGAGGUCCCAGUCCCCGCCCUCCGUUCAAAUGAUGUCUUGAUUAAGGUUACAGCUUGCGGCAUCUGUGACACUGACCUUCACAUCCAUGAGGGAGAAUCCAUCGCAAAGUUCCCUCUAGUUCCAGGUCACGAAACCGUCGGUAUUGUUGCAGAUAUAGGCUCUAAAGUCAAGACCCUCAAGAUUGGCGAUCGUGUUGUUGCAGAUGACUCUGAGUUCUGCGGCGAGUGCUUCUACUGUCGUCGUGGCGAUGAGCUGUUCUGCGAGAACCUCCACGCCCAUGGUGUCACCAUGAGUGGCGGCUUUGCUGAAUAUUGCUCCUACCCUGCUGGUAAGGUGUUUAAGAUCAAGAACCUCAGCGAUGUUGACGCCACCCUUAUUGAACCCGCUUCUUGUGCCGCCCACGGUCUUGAUAAGAUCUCUCCCAAACUGGGCUCCCGCGUUCUUCUCUUCGGUGCUGAUCCCACCUGUCUGAUCCUCGCCCAGCUACUCCGCCUUAAUGGUGGAUGCCACGUCGUUAUCUGUGCCCCUGAGGGACUGAAUAUGGAGCUUGCUAAAUCUCUUGGUGUGGGAGACGAAUACAUCGAACUCUCUCGUGAGGACUCCCGCCACCAACCCAGCCAGCUGAAGGCCGAUAACCCUUAUGGCUUCGACGUCGUAGUUGAGGCCACAGGCAACGUCAAGACCCUCGAGGAUUCGAUCAACUACGUGCGUCACGGUGGCAAGCUUGUCGUAUACGGUGACUAUUCCAAGAAGGACGAUGUCUCUUGGCCUCCCAGCAAGAUUCUUGGCGACGAGAUCCAGAUUAUCGGCAGUUUCUCUAAGGCUUACAUGUUCCCUGCAGCCAUUGACUACCUUGACUCUGGCAAGGUCAAGGUGACCGGAAUAGUGAACAAGAUGUACAAGCUUGAGCAAUGGGAGGAUUGUCUAGAGGCGAUGCGCAACAAGAACACCAUCAAGGCGGCCAUCAUUUUCGACUAG